AAAAAGCGUGUCUGCUAUUAAUGAUUAGAAGGAAAAUAUUUGGAGAGAAAAAUAUGUACUUUUCCUACUCCUGAGCCUCUUCAAUCUAAUCUCAUCUGAUCACUCCUAGUUAGUUGGCUUUUGUUUUUGGCAUUUUGUUUGCCUUUCCAAUAAAAAAAACUAAGCAAAAGCUAAUGGGUAAACAGAGGAGUUUGUGUUGGGCUAUUGUUCUUCUGGUUUUUACAUGUCUGAUCUAUGUCUAUCCUGCAAUAUACUUGGUGAAUGCCCAACCCCAACCUGUGUAUUAUCCAAUUGCCAACCUAUCCACUUCAUGGAUCAACACCCCCUCCUCCUCAGCUGAUUACUACCUUGACUCAUUUGUAUUGAAUCCCAUCCUUCUUAGAGAAAGCACUGGCAUUGGUUGUGGCUUCUACUGCAAUGAUACUUACACUGCCUGCCUCUUCGCUGUGGUGGUCAUCCGGGAUGCCUAUGAAGAGUACUUCAAUCACAAAACUUUCUGGGCAAUACAACUAGUUUGGUCCGCUAAUCGAAACCAUCCUGUAAAACUUAACGCAACCUUGCAACUAACUGAAGAUGGAGAAUUGAUCUUAGUAGAUGCUGAUGGCACUUUCGUUUGGUCUACAAACACUGCAGGAAAGUCGGUCUCAGGCUUAAACUUGACUGAAGAGGGCAACCUUGUGCUCUUCGAUCAGACCAAUGCAACGGUUUGGCAGUCGUUUGAUCACCCAACAGACACCUUACUUCUUGGGCAGAUGUUGGUUCCUGGGCAGAAGCUGACUGCUAGCACAUCAGAAUCAAAUUGGAGUCAAGGAGGGAAUCAAUAUGUCAAAUUUGAGAAUGGAAGCUUCAACUGGAACCAAGUAGCACCUGCAAAUACAACUCAAUUCAUGAGGUUUGAGCCUGAUGGAAAUUUGAAGGUUUAUGAAUGGAGCGAAAGUGGUGAUUGGGGGGUGGUGGCCGAUCUGCAGACAUCAGGAAUUGGUGCGUGUGCGCAUCCAAUGGUGUGCGGAAAAUACGGCAUCUGUUCAAAUGGGCAAUGCAGUUGUCUUGACGAAACCAACAACAAUGAAACAAUCACUUUUAGGCAAACAAUUUAUAGGCAACCAAACCUUGGAUGUUCCCUUGUUACACCCAUUUCUUGUAACCAUUCUCAUUAUCACACCCUUUUGGAGCUUAAAAAUACUAGUUACUUUAACGUUUAUUCACAAUACACAUUCGGUUACUUGGACGAAAAAACAGAGUUAGAGGAUUGCAAGAAGAGUUGCUUGACAAACUGUUCAUGCAGAGCCGCUUUGUUUGCAUAUAAUUGGGGCUAUGAUUCAAAGAGAGGUUGUUUAUUACUAUCUGAAGUAUUUUCUCUUACAAACACGGAGGAUGGGUUUGAUAACAUUACUAUAUUCCUUAAAGUGCAAAAAUCUUCACCACCAAAUUCUCCUUUAAAGAAACCUAGACACGUCACAAUCAUACUAGGAUCCAGUCUCGGAGCAUUCUUUGGUAUAUUUUUUAUGGUUGCCUCUUGCCUUUUUCUUUUUAAAAAUAAAGGUGAAUUUGAGGAGCUUGAUGAGUUCUCUGUUGAUCAAGUAUCAGGGAUGCCUACCAGAUUCUCUUAUGAAGACUUGAAAGCUAUGACAAGCAAUUUCAAUAAUAAGCUUGGGGAAGGAGGAUUUGGGUCAGUCUUUCAAGGGACUUUAGGUGAUGGAACCAAAGCAGCAGUGAAGCGUCUCCAUGGUUUUUGUCAGAUUAAGAAGUCAUUCUUAGCUGAAGUUCAGACAAUAGGUAGCAUUCAUCACGUCAAUUUGGUGAGAUUAAUUGGAUUUUGUGCUCAAAAAUCAUAUAGACUUCUAGUUUAUGAGUACAUGUCUAAUGGAUCCUUGGAUAAAUGGAUCUUCCAAAGGCACCAAAAACUCACACUUGGAUGGCAAUCCAGAAGAAAGAUCAUCAUGGAUAUAGCCAAGGGUCUAGCUUACCUCCAUGAGGAAUGCAGGCAAAAAAUAAUUCAUUUGGAUAUCAAACCCCAAAACAUCCUCUUAGAUGAAUACUUCAAUGCGAAAAUUUCUGAUUUUGGAUUGUCAAAACUAAUUGACAAGGACCAAAGCCAAGUUGUAACAACGAUGAGGGGAACACCAGGCUAUUUAGCCCCUGAAUGGUUGAGCUCAAUUAUCACUGAGAAAGCAGAUGUCUAUAGCUUUGGUGUCGUGAUCCUGGAAAUAUUGUGUGGACGAAAAAAUUUGGAUAGGUCUCAGUCUGAAGAUGAUAUGCAUUUACUAAGUCUAUUUAAGAGAAAAGCAGAAGAGGAACGACUUAUCGAUAUUGUUGACAAAGACAAUGAAGAAAUGCAAUUACAUGGAGCAGAAGUGGUGGAGAUGAUGACGGUUGCUGUAUGGUGUCUACAAAGUGAUUUUUCCAGGAGGCCUUCCAUGUCUAUGGUGGUUAAGGUCUUGGAGGGUUCUGUGGAUGUUGAAAACAACUUGGAUUAUACCUUCUUUAAUCCGGUGAUACCAAGAACAAGUGUAGCUGCUUGUCACCAAGAGGGUGUCGGUGCUGCUAGUACUCUACUGUUUCCAUCUGUUCUAUCAGGACCGAGGUAAAAAAAGGAGACUUUAACAAACUUAUGCUUAAGAUUUUUGUUUUUUGUUUUUUGUGUGCGUGUGCAUGUGUUUGUUUGCUCAAUAGAUUCUUAACUUGUGAAAUAACUGUCAUAGAUAAGUUUGUGUAAUAACAUUUGCAUUUGUUCAGAAAUCCUCGUUACCAUUUAAUAUGAGAAACUGCAAGCUUAUCU